AUUCCGUCUUCCAGCCCGUGCGAGCCCGUAGUUUGAAAGCUGCUGGGCUGCUCAGCACAAGCAAGACCUGGUUCAUUUCUGCAGUGGGUUUUUUCAAUGAAAUAUCAUCCCCAAACGUACUACACCUGACCCGUGGGGGAGAAUGGGCCGAAACCAAAGUGCUGUGAUUUGAAAAACUGGUGCAAUAGCUGUCCACACACUGUUCAAGGUGCAACGAGGGAGCACAUAUCCCCACCCCUGCCUCUGGUGGAUUUUUCCGUGCGGGACGGGUGCGAAAGAAAGUUUGGUGCCAGGUGCCCAACCUCCUCUUCCUCGGGACACGCGCGGGGGAACAAUUAUACAAGUUUGAUCGGUUGCCCAGUAAUUUGGCAUACAAACACACACGCACACACAGAAGUGCUGGCUGGCUGGCACGAGUGUGCAAAAAAGUGUUCCUACUAGUGUGUUGGAAUUGAAGGCAAAGUUGUGUAAAAAGUACAAAAGUUUUCCAACAUCUCCAACAUAUUCUGGCCGCCCCACAAACGGGGUGCAAAGCGAGAUGGGGUGGUAAAGUGUGCUUGUGUGUGUAUGUGUGUGUGUGUGAACAGUUUUCCAUAGUGAAGUGGUAGCAGCAACAACACCACCAGCAACAAGAAACGAGAAGAAGAACGCGGUUGUGUUGCCUUUUUUUCUCACCAGCAUUCACAUCAAACGACGACGACGACGACAUCUCGUCAUUGAGUGAGUCAGAAAGGAAGUGUAAAAGAGCGGGAGAGAGCGAGAGGGCACGAUAAUAGUGGUGGCAGAAUCCAUCCCGCAGAUUGUUGUUGCGACCGCUGCUGACCAGAUUCCAAUGCACACGGGAAACAAUGGCCUGUGCUAGUACCUCGUCCACGGCCAGCAUGGAGCUGGUGGGUCCGGCAGGGCCGACAAACGUAGCGGCCGCCGCACGACCUUCACGCUUCACGAUGGAAGGCGUCGGAUCGCGGGUCAUCCGCGGGCCGGACUGGAAAUGGGGCAAGCAGGACGGUGGCGAAGGACACGUCGGCACGGUGCGCAACUUCGAGUCGCAGGAGGAGGUGGUCGUCGUGUGGGACAACGGGACGGCCGCCAACUACCGGUGCGCCGGUGCGUACGAUCUGCGCAUCCUGGACAGUGCGCCGACCGGCAUCAAGCACGAGGGCACGAUGUGCGACACCUGCCGGCAGCAGCCCAUCUUCGGCAUCCGCUGGAAGUGCGCCGAGUGUAACAAUUACGAUCUCUGCUCGAUCUGCUACCAGAGCGACAAGCACCAUCUGCGGCAUCGCUUCCACCGCAUCACGACGCCCGGCGGCGAGAAGACGCUGCUCGAGCCGCGCCGCAAGUCGAAAAAGAUCGCCGUGCGGGGGAUCUUCCCGGGGGCGCGGGUCGUGCGCGGCGUCGACUGGCAGUGGGAGGACCAGGACGGUGGCAAUGGGCGCCGGGGGAAGGUGAACGAGGUGCAGGACUGGUCGUCGGCGUCGCCCCGGUCCGCCGCGUACGUCGUGUGGGACAAUGGGGCGAAGAACUUGUACCGCGUCGGGUUCGAGGGCAUGGCCGAUCUGAAGGUGGUGAACGACGCGAAGGGCAUGACGGUGUACCGGGACCAUCUGCCGCUGCUGGGCGAGUAUGGGCCGGGCCGGGCGCCGAACAACUUCCAGAUCGGCGACCAGGUGACGGUCGAUCUGGACAUCGAGAUAGUGCAAUCGCUGCAGCACGGACACGGCGGCUGGACCGACGGGAUGUUCGAGUGUCUCAGCACGACCGGCACGGUGGUCGGCAUCGACGAGGACCACGAUAUAGUGGUCGCGUACCCGAGCUCGCACCGCUGGACGUUCAAUCCGACCGUGCUGACGAUCGUGUCGUCGCCGAUGAUGCUGCUCGCCGACAACCAGCCGCAGCAGUUCGCGGUCGGCGAUUUUGUGAAGAUCUGCAGCGACCUGGAGCGCAUCAAGAUACUGCAGCGGGGCCACGGCGAAUGGGCGGAAGCGAUGGUGCCGACGCUCGGAAAGGUGGGCCGCGUGCAGCAGGUGUACCACGACAACGAUCUGAAGGUGGAAGUUUGCAACACAUCCUGGACGUACAAUCCGCUCGCUGUGACAAAAGUUGCUUCCUCGUCCGACGGUGCCACGGCCGUCACAACCAACGGCGAGCGGCUGUCGGCGAUACUGAAGAAGCUGUUCGAACCGCACGCCUCGGGCGAUACCACGGAAGAGCUGGUAAAGGCCGCCGCCAACGGUGACAAGGCGAAGGUGGAAGAGUUCCUGAUCGGUUCGGCCGGUGGCCAGAACGUGGCGCCGUCCUCGUCGUCGGCGGCCGGUGCCGCUGCCAGCCUCGGUGAAUCCCAGUCGGUCGUCAAGGUCGACGUGAACGGUGUGUUUGCGGGCCAUACCGCCCUGCAAGCGGCCAGCCAGAACGGCCACCUGGAAGUGAUCGAGGUGCUGCUGCGCCACAAUGCGGAUGUCGAGAUCGAGGACAAGGACGGCGAUCGGGCCGUCCAUCAUGCAGCGUUCGGCGACGAGCCGGGCGUGAUGGGCAUGCUGGCAAAGGCGGGAGCGGACCUGAAUGCACGCAACAAGCGGCGCCAGACAGCGCUCCACAUCGCCGUCAACAAGGGCCACUUCAAUGUGGUGAAAACGCUGCUCGAGCUAAACUGCCAUCCGAGCCUGCAGGACUCGGAGGGUGAUACGGCGCUGCACGACGCCAUCUCGAAGGAGCACGACAACAUGCUGGCCCUGCUGCUCGACAACGGGGCGGACAUAACGCUCACCAACAACAACGGGUUCAAUGCGCUGCACCACGCCGCCCUGAAGGGCAACCCGAGCGCGAUGAAGGUGUUGCUGACCAAAACGAACCGGCUGUGGAUAGUGGAGGAGAAGAAGGACGACGGCUACACGGCGCUGCACCUGGCGGCGCUUAACAACCACGUCGAGAUCGCGGAGCUGCUGGUGCGCAUGGGCAAGGCGAACAUGGACUGCCAGAACGUGAACCUGCAGACGGCGCUGCAUCUGGCGGUCGAGCGGCAGCACGUGCAGAUCGUGAAGCUGCUGGUGCGCGAGGGCGCCAACCUGAACAUUCCGGACAAGGACGGCGACACGCCGCUGCACGAGGCGCUGCGGCACCACACGCUGUCGCAGCUGCGCCAGCUGCAGGACGUCGAAGGGUUUGGCAAGAUUUUAAUGGGCUUGCGAAAUAACACGGACAAGAAAGCGUCGGCAUCGAUUGCCUGCUUUCUGGCGGCCAAUGGGGCCGAUCUGACGAUAAAAAAUAGAAAGCUACAGACACCGCUGGACCUCUGCCCGGAUCCGAAUCUCUGCAAAACGCUGAUCAAAUGCUACAACGAGCGCAAGACGGAGGAUAUGGACAGCAUGACCCUCGGUAUGGCGAGCCACACGGGCGGCGGCGGCGGCCCUACCAUGCCACUGCGGCGCGGAGGCUACCGCCCGCCGGAUGAGCCGAUCGCUUCCACGUCCGCGGGCAAUCCGGGCACGAGCGGGCUCGGCUCGGGCGGCCUGAACCACGCCCAGAUCGACGCCAACCUGCUGAUGGGGCUGAGCAAGAUGUCGAUCCAGCCGAACGCGGCCGGCGAAGCGAACACGAACGUAAGCGUCAACCACAACACGGCAAGCAGUGGCGGCGGCGGCGGUGUUUCCGUAGCCUGCAGUGUCGCCACCACCACCGCCGGCGACAGCAGUGGACCGCUGGACGAGUGUCUGCUGUGCUCGGACCAGAAGCGCGACACGGUGUUCAAACCGUGCGGGCACGUGGUGUGCUGCGAAAACUGUGGCCCGCGCAUCAAGAAGUGUCUGAUCUGCCGGGAGUCGGUGCUGUCGCGCGAAAAGAUCGACGAGUGUCUGGUGUGCUCGGACCGGAAGGCGUCGGUGUUUUUCAAACCGUGCGGCCACAUGGUGGCGUGCGAGCACUGCGCCCCGAUCAUGAAGAAGUGCGUCCAGUGCCGGACGCAGCUCGAGCAGAUGGUACCGCUGUCGGUGUGCAGCGGUGGGCAGGGCAGCGUGAUCAACAUCCAGCACCCGGUGGAGGACGGCAAGAAGGAUCUGCUGCACAAUCACAAUGCAUCGCAGCAGCAGCAGCAGCAGUUGCUGCAGGGCACGAACAAAGCAGGGCUUGGCGUUGCCAUGAACAACACGAUGUCGCCCAAUGCAAGCGCACUGGCGGCGGGUUCGGGCAGCGGCGGCGUUGCGCUGGGCAACAAUGGGCAGGCGGUCGGGGGCGCCAGCAGCUCGACGGGUAGCAGCAACACGAACGCAUCGCUGAUUGUUUCGCCCAACAAUCUCAACCUGGUGGACGAUUUCCAGAAGCUGCAGCAGCAACUGCAGGACAUUAAGGAGCAGACGAUGUGCCCGGUUUGCUUCGAUCGGAUCAAAAACAUGGUGUUCCUGUGCGGCCAUGGCACGUGCCAGAUGUGCGGCGAUCAGAUAGACGGCUGUCCCAUCUGCCGCAAGACGGUGGAGAAGCGUAUUCUGCUGUUCUAAGGACACAAAGAGACAAAAAACGGUGGAUGGAGAGGGAUCCCCAUCUCCUCCCGCCGUUUCCAUACAGGCUUUAAAAAUGCGAAGUGGUUUACGAUCGUCAUGUUCGAAAAACAAAUCGAAGGAUUGUGUUGUGCUGACGUUUGGACUCUUGCCAAUGUUGGAGAUUUUUCCUGCCCGGAAUUCCGGAAUUGAAUUUCCACCUGCCGUGGGAAUUGGGCCAAACAAGAGGAAUGUUGAAAGAUUUUUUACUGACGAAUUUGUCAGUAUGCUGUCUCAUCUCAGAGUAGUACAAUCGGAACUUGAACUGGUUCAACUUCGAUUGCCUGCCAACAGUUGAAUUUGUACAUUUUUGCUGGUACGUUUUUCCAUACACAAAAAUAUUCGGAUUCGUUUACUACAAAAGUCAUGGGAUUUUUUCGUAUAUUUCUUUAAGCCCAGGGGUUUCGUACAAAUACAACGCAAGAGUCAAGAAAGAGUCUGAAAAUUAUGAGAACCCCUGACCAACUCUUGUAUGUAAGUCGGUUCCAUGAUACCCGGCCAGCGCAUGGAGCAUCCGUUCUACGCUCACUUCAGAAUGUGCGAAUCCGCUCCGCAAAACUAGAGGUGAGCAUUUCGGUUCUUUUAAGUGAACGUGAGUGAACCGAGCCGUUCAUUGAUGUGAACGUGAACGUGAUUUCGUUCUUUUGCAAACAGCAAUUCCUGUAAAGUCUGUGAAUCGGUACUCUAUUCGAAAAUCGGUAAAACUACAAAUUAAUUCGUUGGUCCGAUCACAUGAAAAAUAAGCAAAUAAUAUUAACACUCAUUUAAUAUCAUUUGACCCUAGAAAGCGAUUCACGCAAACAGUUUAAAAUCGACCAUUUCUUGUUUUUUUUUCUCUCUCUCUCUAAAUUUGCAAAUGUUCAACAGGUUUUUCGUCCCAUUCAAACGGGAACGAACGGAUUUCCCAUUGAAAAGUGAGGCACUCAUGAGUGCAAAUGAGAGGAGAUUGGGUGUCGCGUCGAACGCAUUUCGGCGAACGGAGUCGGAUGCUCCGGCCGACAGUCAUAUUAAGUCGUACGACUUUUACAACAAGCCCGUCAUGGGUUCAAGCCUCGUAUAUGCCGAUGUCGUCAUACACAGUACAGUACCUUUCCUGCUAUUGGUUUUGCUUCUUUUUCGUCUUUUUCGAACAUGUCGACCGUGUAUACCUUCCCAUUUAGGUCUCAUUUACGAUAGUGGCUACUGUUAGGUUAGGUGUUUUUGCACUUUUUUUUGUUUUAUAUCAAUCAUCAUCCACCGACCACUCCUGCCCUCCCCCUCAUCAUGCUGACACCGAGACGACUCCCUUUGCGCCAAUUUGUAUUGUUAAGUUAGUAGUAAUAGUAGUAGUGUUUUGUGUUUUGUCAAUCCCGAAAAAAAACCCUUCGAUUACCGAUCGUUGCCGUCCACAGCACAGCAGGUGUUUGCACAAAUAAUCAAAACACUUUCUGCAGCACAACGGAAGAAGCAAAAUAUCAUGAGGUUAAAAUGUGCAAAAAAGUUGUCAUAAAAACAGGCUUUAGUUAUUUUGUUUAGUGGGGGGGGAGUGCACAUUUUCGGUGCAUAGUUUUACACCUUUUUUCUACUCAUAUAAUUUUUCCCAUUUGUGCCUUUGAUUUUCGCUUAAAUUAUAAUUGUAUCCAAUGCAUUAAAUAGAUUAAAAAUAGGUAAUAUUUUUUUUAGAGUACGUUAAAAUGAAAAAAAGACAGUGAAUCCCGGGGUAAACCGGGUCGGUCGAGAGUGUGGGGUAGCACCGACCGUCAAGCAAAACAAUCAACCCACUUUUCCGGCACGCAUUUAUACGAUGUAUAUCCAUCACCGAAACAACUUCCGCUCAAUAGAACUGUGAAUAAAGCAACAUCAAUAAACCGUAAAUAACAUUAGGAAAAACGACGAAAAGUA